AUGCAAGAAUCCGAUGAAUACCAGUCUUACGAAUUCAACAUUUGGCUCAUGACAAAUGCCAUGCUGAUUACAACUGCGUUCGGCGCAGCAAUCGCCAUUUUCUUGAGAAUGUGGCUCAUGAGACAGCUGAAUCAAUCUCUCAUUCACGCAGCUGCUGGCAUGGAGACUACCGCAAGGAUUUUGAAGAAAGCGUGCCUGGACCCAAUGACAGUUGCAGUGAUGGCCGACGAAAAGCGCGAUAAAAAGGAUACCGAUAUUUGCGAUCAAUUCGACAGUCUCCACAAGAAACCUCUGAAGCAUUGCGCUGACCUCUUCGGCUACGACACACUUACCAAGGACUACGUGAAAUAG